AUGUCCAAGGCGCCCAAGGCCAAGAAGGCCGCACUCCACUACCAGCCCUACCAGGCCCUCGGUACUGGCGAGGGUGAGGAGCCGUCCAUGGACCUCGGGAUGAGCGACCCUCCUCUUCAUCUGGACCCAGUGCUCUCAGGUCUGUCGUCCAACAUGAGCCGCAAUUUGUGGGACGACUGGAACGAGAACGACGCCAACUUUGGAAUGAAGUUUGACGUAUUCACAGACGAAGUGAGUACAGCCAGCACCGCCAGCUCCACGGCUAGUCCAAACCCGAGUAUGCACGUGUCCAGUCUCAACGCCAACUCAGGCUACGAGCAGCAGCAGAACGCCUCGCCCAAUACGAUGAAUACGCACCACACACUCAUGCAAGACGACCCGCAGAAACCUCGAGCGAGCGUCCAGCGAUCGCUCAGUGAGGAUAUCGUCAACAUGUUGGAUGACAGCAACGACGGGGCAUUCUCCAAGCAGUUGGACGGAGAUCAACGAGGACACACAGUGAUGCAGAACAUGAUGUUUAACGCUGCAGCUCCAGGCCAGAGCACGAUGGGCUUCCAGCAUCAGCCACAGCAGCAGCAGAUGCAUCCGAACCACAUGCAGCAGUUCCAACAGCAGCAGCAGCAGAUACAGAUGCAGCAAUACCAGCAGCAAUACCAGCAACAGCAGCAAUUCCAGCAAGCUGCACCCAACUGGAUGAACAACUUCGGUGGUGGUAACCAGACGACUGCACCCACAAACGCGCCGGCUUCUGAUAAACCCAGCAACCCAUCAGCUCACCGUCGUCUGUCCAAUCCUUCAAACCCUUCAGCGCUGGAACUUGCCGUGGCUGACGGUGCUGCGUCACUUAUGGCUAAAUGCCCAGAUUCUCGACCACCAGCUUCGUCCAAUUCACCGCCAUCCCCUCAACACACUACAGACAAUGUCAAGGAGAAACCUGUCGCUUCAGCCACACAAGCCAGCGCCACUAGCGGAGACGGCGCCAACAAGACGGAGACAGCUCCAAACAACAGUAUCGAUACUAAUAUGAACGAUCCGUCGCAACAAGCCAAUGGAUUCGGUCCACAAGGGGUGAUGAUGAAUCCUUUCCUAAUGUACUCGAUGAUGGGCCCUCAAGCGAUGAAUAUGAUGGGGAUGCAGAUGCAGAUGCCCAUGAUGAACGGGGCCAGUGGGAUGAACGCGCUGAAUGGAGCGCAUGCAGCGAACGGGAUGAAUGGGAUGCCCCUCCCGAUGCAGAUGCAGUUGCAGCUCCAGCUCCAGAUGCAGAUGGCUCAGAUGGCUCAGAUGAACGGCAUGGGGCUGAAUGGGAUGCAAGUGCCCAUGGGUCUGCCCGGUAUGCCCGGUAUGCCCAUGGGGAUGAACAUGCAGAUGCCUAUGAAUAUGAAUAUGCAGCAGCAGCAGCAGGUUAACCCUCAGAGUGGACAGACAAGUGACGUGGAGAUGACGCCAGCCUUUUCCAUGGGGAUGCCUUCCACUGGACUGAAACCCACUCGACCAUUGCAGCCCAAGGGCGUAGUAGUAGGCGGCCCAGGCUUUGUGAAUAUCGCGAGGAAACCGGAGAAGCCAGAGGUGAGUAGUAUUCUCAAGUCGCUUAUGGACGAGGAAGCCAAGAAAAAAGAGAAAAAGCUCGAACGCAAUCGAGAUUCAGCGCGAGAAAGUCGCAGGAAGCAGCAGACGUACGUGGAAACGUUGGAAAACGGCAUCAAGCGUCUGCAAAUCAAUCGCGACCUCGUUCGCUCGUACCGAUGGGGUGUCAGUGGUCCUGGCUUUGGUCCUCUACCGUGCCCGAACUCGCCGCAAAUGUUCGACUGGAAGAAUCGCGUUGAAGUGGUCACAGGUCGUACCGAGGCCUUUGCGAGUAUUCAGAACCCCGCGAACUUCCAGUCGCUCAUGCGUCUCAACCGACAGCGUCGAACGCUUGCAAUGCCCCACGGAGAGCGGGAGCGCGCCGUGUGGAAGUGCUUCGUGUUUGUGGGACGCCAACUCGCAGCCAUGCGCACACGAGUGUUACAAGUGCAAAUGUUGCGUACUUUUUCCGACAAUCCUUUAGCGAUGGAGUUGGACGCGCUGCUUAGUCUCACAGCCGACCAGAAGCUGCAGCUGCAGUGCCAUGCUCAGCAAAUGUUCAAUGGGGAAGUAGUGGAGCUGACGAAGCUGUUCAAGAUCUUCUUUGCGCUGCGCAACGAAGCUCUUCAACUCAACAUCUUGUCGCCAACUCUGGAGCGGUAUUUCCGCGAGGCCUGCUCGUUCGACCAGCUGCAGAAGCUGCUGCAGUGGACAGAGAAUCAUCGCACCGUCAUCGAGACGGAUCUUUCCCUAGAUGAGGUUUAG